AGUGGGCUGCUAACUGGCUGCAUUGAUUGGCUGCUGGCUCUGUGUGUGUGCAGCGUAGUAAAUGCGGCGCUUGAUGACACACCGCCCUCUUCUCUCCUGCAGCUAGCGGCCGUAUGUAGCGGGACAGCCUGCUGGAAAGCACAUUAUUCCCUCCCUCCGAGCUGCCAUACAGAACAUGUGCAUUCCCCUAGUCUCUUGAAAUCGUCGUUGUCGUACGUCUAUGUGAUUCCCAAUUGUUCUCAUGAGCCUGCUAGGUGGCUACAAGAAAAAGAGCAGUUAUGAUGGCUACGAAUCUUUGCAGCUGGUCGAUAGCGGCGGAGACUUGUGCACCGGGGGACGAAGCGGCGGCGGCGGUGGCAGCGGUUUGACGGCAGUGACCCUCGGCAACGUUAAGACAGGCCCCGCGCGGCAGGACGACUACAGCACCAUGGACAGCUCAGGCCCUCCGUCUCCAGAUAUGGACGGAAAUUAUGGAGGGGGACUUCUGGAUAUGGUGAAAGGAGGUGCUGGAAAGUUCUUCAGCAACAUCAAGGACAACCUCAAAGACACCAUCAAAGACACCUCUACCAAGGUUAUGAACCAGGUGGCCACAUAUACAAAAGGAGAGUUGGACAUUGCUUACAUCACCACACGUAUUAUAGUGAUGUCAUAUCCUGCUGAGACGGUGGAGAUGGGCUACAGGAACCACACAGAGGAUAUCCGUUCCUUUCUGGACUCACGGCAUGCCGACCACUACACUGUUUUCAACCUGUCACAGAGGAACUACCGAGGGGCCAAGUUUUCCAACAGAGUUUCUGAAUGCAAUUGGUCUUCCAGGCAGGCCCCUAGUCUUCACAACUUAUUUGCCGUUUGUAAGAAUAUGUACAACUGGCUCAAGCAAAACCCCAAGAAUGUGUGUGUGAUUACCUGUUCGGAUGGCAGAGCUUCUUCGGGCGUGCUGGUCUGUGCCAUGUUCUGUUUCUGCCACCUUUUUGCCAACCCGGUGCCAGCCAUGCAUCUUCUCAGCGCCAAGAGGCCUGGAUCAGGCCUGUGGCCCUCCCAUAGGAGGUACAUAGGUUAUGUAUGCAGUUUAGUCUCAGAGAAGCCCACCGUACCCCACUCCAAACCGUUAGUCAUUAAAGCCGUCACAAUGAGUCCUGUUCCUUGCUUCAACAAACAGCGCAGUGGCUGUCGGCCAUUUUGUGAUGUACUUAUUGGUGAGACCAAGAUCUUUUCUACAGCUCAGGAGUAUGAGAGAAUGAGGGAACACAGGAUUCAAGAGGGCAAAGUGGUCUUUCCUGUGGGAGUGAGUGGCCAAGGAGACGUGGUGAUUUCAGUUUUUCACAUGCGUUCCCAUGCACUUCAGGCCAAGGUAACAAACACCCAGAUAUUCCAGAUUCAGUUCCAUACUGGUUUCAUCGCCCCCGGCACAACAGUCUUAAAGUUUAUGAAGACAGAGCUGGAUGCUUGUGAUUCUCCAGAGAAAUACCCACAGCUGUUUCAUGUGCUGAUAGACAUUGAGGUUGAAAGCACAGAGAAACAGAAAGAUCUCACCCCACCGUGGGAGCAGUUCCCCACCAAAGACCUGAGCCCCAACGUGCUUUUCUCCUGUCAUCAGGAACACCAGGAUGCACUUGCUGUUGCAGAUGAAAUGGAGGGCUUGGACUUGGAAGAUCCUGCCCAGGGCCAUGGGAGUUGCGGAGGCAGAGUGGGUCCAAAUGAGGAGAGUGAACCCUCAGAUGAUGAGAUGCUCUCCCUUUCUAGCCAGCAGAGCAACACGAGCAAUGAGAAAUCAAAAGCGCUUAAGAAGCCGGAGCCCCAGCCAGCAGCGGCCCCUUCUCCAGCAGCUGAGGAAGUAGAUCUGCUGGGGCUGGACGGUGACGCAGCUAAGCUUCCUCCAUCCUCCCCACAACCUCCGACCACCAGCACCACCACAGACCUGCUGGGGGACCUGUUUGGAGCUCCGCCCGCACCACAGCCAGCCAGCGGCCCCACUUCUGCUCAGUCCACCCCGCGGAGAUCCGCACCCUCCUCCUCACCCUGUCCAUCACCUCGAUCUGGAGGCACUUUUGACCCGUUCGGGUCUGGGCCCGCACCCGCCUCUAAGCCGCAGGACUUCAUGGGGGCGUUCCUGGGUCCAGGUAAUAUGGGGCAGCCAGACCCCUUUCUGCAUGCUGCACGAUCUCCGUCUCCUACAAUGCAGAGCAUGGGUCGCAGUUCACCUGUGCCACCCGCUACCCCCUCUGUCAACAUCCAACAGCCGAACUCUACGGGAGCAUGGGAAUGGAGCAAACCAGCACCUGAAGGUAAAGGUUUUGGGAUGGGAAGUAAGUCCGCCAGCACUAGUCCAACCAGCUCAGUUCAUGGUACUCCCACCCACCAGGCCAAACCCAACACUCUGGACCCUUUUGCAGAUCUAGGUAACCUAGGAGCCAGUAUGGGAGGAGGUGGUUCGGGAUUCUCCAGCAAACCCACCACACCUACUGGUACAGGAGGAGCAUUUCCGCCCAUGGGCUCCCCUCAGCGUCCUGCUCCCUCUCCUCAGCACACUGCCUCUGGAGGCUGGCAUCCCAGCACAGGCUUCCCCUCAUGGCAGCCUGGAGGUGGAGCUCAAUGGCAGCCGCCGGCCCAGGGUGCACAACACCAGACCCCACCUAAAGCACCAGGACCCUCUAUGCCCCACACUUCACCACAGAACAGACCCAACUACAACGUCAGCUUCUCCAGCAUGGGUGGAGCAUCGCCAGGAGCCACUGGACCAAAAGCACAGCCUAACAUGGGAACCAGACCAAAGGUUUCUGCUGCUAACUUUGAUGACCUACUCUCAGGCCAGGGCUUUGCUGGCUCAAAGGAUAAGAAAGGGCCAAAAACAAUAGCAGAAAUGAGAAAAGAGGAGAUGGCAAAAGAAAUGGACCCAGAGAGACUCAAGAUUCUGGAGUGGAUUGAGGGGAAGGAGAGGAACAUCAGAGCGUUACUGUCCACCAUGCAUACGGUGCUUUGGGAGGGAGAGAACCGCUGGAAACCUGUAGGCAUGGCUGACCUUGUCACACCAGAGCAGGUGAAGAAGGUCUACCGUAAAGCUGUACUGGUAGUACACCCUGACAAGGCUACUGGACAACCCUACGAACAAUAUGCCAAGAUGAUUUUUAUGGAACUAAAUGAUGCCUGGUCAGAAUUUGACAGCCAAGGACAGAAAGCACUGUACUAAGACUUACUGUAUAUGUUCAAAACCAGUCAGCAGUUCCUGCCCAGAUUAGACGCCCUGCAACCCAAAAGUCCUUGAAAGUCUCCUUUGUUAUCUCUCCCACCUCCAGGACCCUGCUUCAUAGAGACGUCAGAGCUUAUCUACAGUAUGUAGUUGUGUGUAUCUCUCUAUCGUUCAUGCACUAGGCCAACAUAACUGCUGUAUGAGAAGACUGCUGUUGGAAAAAGUAGCAUUCAGCAUUGUUAAAAAAAAACAACAACUCUUAUUUGUGUGUCUUACCCUGGACUUGCCUACAUAACAAAGUUCAGACUUUGUCAUUACACAGCUGUGAAAUAUGAACAUAAUCAGUCAACCAGGUCAUCAUAGAAUGUUGGGUAAAAUGUAUUCAGGAGUCUUCGGGUGAGUUUAUGAUUUAUUAAAGAGGUUUAGUGCUGAGGAAUCAAAUGAAAAAAAUAUGUCAGAAUUCUGCAAGACAAGCCACACACUGUCUCGGCUUGCAAAACUUUGUUAAACAACACAAAGUUUGGUCCAAAUCCUUCAUAGAGAGUUAUUUAGGAAAGUUUUGCAUGCUACAGCAGCAUGCAGGACCUUUUCUAUUUCUUCCAUUGCAUUGACUGUGUCCUACUGUACACACCUGCGCUCGACUGCAUAUAUGUGCGAGGGGUGUUUAUUUAUUUAUUGGCUUUGCAAGACAACUAUGAAAUGUGUGAAAAUAAAUAAAAGUCUCGGUAAAGUGAGCUAAGACUCAGUGGUUUCCCGGACAGUCAGGGGCUAGAUGUUUAGAAAGAUAUGCUCAAAUGAAAGAACACUCAGACAAAAACCUGCAAAAAUUGAAAGAUCUUGUGUGGUAUAACAUGUAACUUCUUUCAGAAGCUAAGAGACGCUGUGCUGGGAGGCAAAAGCACAAUAAAUAUGAGAGACUUUACAGGAAAUGGGAGGUUUUCUCAAACUUGAUCUGUGAAAUGCAGUAGAUUUAACUAGCAGUUUAUUCUUAUGUUGUUUUCUACUGAAUAUUGAUCUGUCUGUAUAUGUUGCACUAUAAUAACAUACUGUUUACAACAUACAUAUGUCCAAGGAAACUCUUUAUUCAUGUAGUUAUUCCAUAGAAAAAAUAAACUAGUCGUUUUGCAAGUACCUCCAAGUACAUGGCUUGUUUCGAGCUAUAUCUGUACAUUGAACGUUAAGGUUGUCUUUAACACAAUUUAAGUUAACCUGAUAUCUUUAACUGGUUAAUAGUGCCCUAAAGAACAAGUCAUACUUAGUACUUUUUGUCUUAGUACUAAAUGUACUAAAAUCCGCUUAAAGUUUCUAAUGGAUUCAUGCUUGAUAAUGAAACAAAGCCUUUUGACUGAGAAAUGUGAUUGAUGGAAAGUGUUCAAAUCCCAUUGUUUUAUUACCAUAGGUGUCUUUUAAACCAACUGAACAUAUCAUGUGGACCAUUAAUAUUUUGACAUAUGAAAUCAUAAAUGCCAUUAAGCAACAUAAGUGGAUACAUCUUUAAAAUCCAGCUCUUUUAGCAUAUCUCGGUAUCCUCAUAAUGUACUGCAUGUUUGACUGUAAGUGGCAAGUGGUCCAGAAGAAGUUUCUAGAGUGUACAGCCACUAAUCUGCCCUUUCUCUUCUCAGUAUAUUUGCACUUGAAUGGCAUUAGGUAAAUCCAGAACACACUUACGUAACUUGCAGUACUUGCUGUACAUCUCGUUCAUGCUUUGCCUUCCUCUUUUCGCUAUCAUGCAGUGAUAUACUGAAGCUUUACCUGUUAUUUGAAGCAGUCUUCUCUUACAUUUUGCCAUCAGUUACCUUCCUCUUGACACAAUCUGGCACUAAAGACCUGAAUGCACACAAUGGACAAAGACAACAUAUUAGCAGGAAUUGAAUUAAGAUGGAACUUUCCCACCACCCUCUUGUGGACUGAGCCGUUUAUCUUCAAUCUUAGGAUAUAAUGUUCGGAAGCUAACCUCUGUAUACAAUAGUGAAUGUGUGGUGUGUUCAAUAAUGCUGUUUCUCUGUAAGGAAGUGAUAUGGUUUGGAUACAGCUCUGUGUUUGUUUGCUGUAUCAGUAUUAUUGUGACAUGAAUUUGGUUUCUGUCUUUUUUUUCUGUUUUUAUUUUCUCCAUAUGGAGCUGUACAUAUGAUAAUGUGCAUUGCACAAAUAAAUGGGAAACAA